CAGCGCCUUAACCACCAGGCCCCCUGCCGGCCCGGCAGCCCCAUUCUUACUGGACAUUCCGAAACUGGGGGCUGGUGUCCGCCUUCACUGGGUGUCUCCUCCCCUCGGCCCAGUGCUCUAGUGUCCCAGCCGGAGAGUCCCCCAGCACGUGGGCCAUGCUUGGCCAUCCCCUGGACACCAGGACCACUGCUUCCUACCUGUCUCGACUGCGGCCAUGGGCUGGCUGUGGGACAGGGAGAGGAAGCAGAGCGCCCACUCCCAGAGGCAUGAGUCUAUGACCUGCACGUACAGCCCGCAGGACGCGAGGAGGAAGCCACGGCCCGUCCCCACGCCCACGCGCCCGGCCAGCUGCCCGGCCAGCCGGCACUCUUCCCUCCGCUGGUUCCCAACAAGCAUGGCCCGGCUCCUGACCCUCCUGCUCCCAGGGACCCUCCUGGUUUUGUGCCAGUCUCCCAUGGAAGAUCCUGAAAGGAAGCCCGUAUUUUGCACCUCCUGCGAAGAAUUCGUCGGCAAGACCUGCAGAAGGAGUUCCGGUUUCUGCCGGGCCAAGCACCCUGACUUCAUGUGCCAGACCAGACGAGUGUACACGCAGCACUUCACUGGAGAGUACCUGCACCAGUACUCGGCCCUGGGCUGUCCCCGGAGGUGCGCGGAGUACGUGCGUCUCAGCCCCGGGGAGAAGAGCACGAUCUCCUGCUGCAACCAGAGCUACUGCAACAGCCCGACGGGGAGAGACGGCCCGCCCAGCACCACCCAGCUCAGGGGCCCGGUCCAGCCGCCCGCUGACCGCGUGGACCUCCGCCAGGGGCCCGGUCCAGCCGCCCACUGACUGCGUGGACCUCCACCAGGGGCCUGGUCCAGCCGCUCGCUGACCGUGCGGGCCUCUGCCAGGGACUGUCCUGCCACUGUCCGCCCUCACACAUGGAGACCCAGAAUGCCUUCAGUCCCACCCCACCCACUGUCUCUGAGAGCUACGGGUGAAGAGGAAGGAGGUGGAGCUUUGAAAGCGUCUGGCCCGAGUCAGGCCCACCAGGCCCGUGGCUGGCUCCGUUGUUCCCCAGGCCCCCGGGGUAGGAAGGGCCACACUGCUGGAUGGCUGUCACAGCCCAGCCAGGUCACCGCGGUGGCUCUGUGAGGGACAGCCAUGCACAGCUCCCAGUGUCUCCAGGGCUGACCACACAGGAAG